AGCAGAACGUGUUCUGUGUCAUCAUGUCUGGCCGAGGUAAGGGUGGGAAGGGUCUGGGUAAAGGCGGCGCUAAGCGCCACCGCAAAGUCCUGCGCGACAACAUCCAGGGCAUCACUAAACCCGCCAUCCGCCGCUUGGCCCGGCGGGGAGGAGUGAAGCGCAUCUCUGGCCUCAUCUACGAGGAGACCCGCGGUGUGCUGAAGGUGUUCCUGGAGAACGUGAUCCGUGACGCCGUCACCUACACGGAGCACGCCAAGCGCAAGACCGUCACUGCCAUGGAUGUUGUCUAUGCGCUUAAGCGCCAGGGCCGCAGAUCUCCUUCUUCUCUUCACCCCCAUUUUGGCCCACAGGCUAUGGCUCGCACAAAGCAGACCGCUCGCAAGUCCACUGGUGGUAAGGCUCCGCGCAAGCAGCUUGCCACCAAGGCCGCCCGCAAAAGCGCUCCGGCCACCGGUGGCGUGAAGAAACCCCACCGCUACCGUCCUGGCACCGUGGCUCUGCGUGAGAUCCGGCGCUACCAGAAGUCGACCGAGCUGCUGAUCCGCAAGUUGCCUUUUCAGCGUUUGGUGCGUGAAAUUGCUCAGGACUUCAAGACCGACCUGCGCUUCCAGAGCUCCGCCGUCAUGGCCCUGCAGGAAGCGAGUGAGGCCUACCUUGUGGGUCUGUUUGAGGACACCAACCUUGCAGUCAUGUCCGGCCGAGGCAAGGGCGGGAAGGGUCUGGGCAAAGGCGGCGCCAAGCGCCACCGCAAAGUUCUGCGCGACAACAUCCAGGGUAUCACUAAGCCCGCCAUCCGCCGCCUGGCCCGGCGCGGAGGAGUGAAGCGCAUCUCCGGCCUCAUCUACGAGGAGACCCGCGGUGUGCUGAAGGUGUUCCUGGAGAACGUGAUCCGCGACGCCGUCACCUACACGGAGCACGCCAAGCGCAAGACCGUCACCGCCAUGGACGUGGUCUACGCGCUUAAACGCCAGGGCCGCACCCUCUACGGCUUUGGCGGCUAAACCCCAGUGCUUUCCUCCAUUACUGCUAAAGGCCCUUUUCAGGGCCACCCACAUAACUCCCUGAAGCGCUGUAGCGUAGUUUUUGAUGUGCAAUAUCCAGUGAGGAUGGGAAAUAGUUGCUUUGUGAUUUGUCC